UUAUAGAAUUUACAGUUUACGGGCCAUAAUAAUACUCAAAUCAGGGGAGAAACCCAUCAAGUCAGUAGCGCUCUUGCAUUGGCCAAAGACCAAAUCGCUGAACGUGAUUGGCCCCUUUGUGUGCGUCGUCGUAACCGUUCCGACCAGAAACAAGGCCACUCGGAAAACCCGAUACCGCAAAGUCAUGUCCUUCCAUCAGGAUUCGGGGGGUCCCAGGGGAGCAAUCCUCACAGGCCAGCACAGCUCCCCUCAGAGCUACCGCCCCACCAACCUGAGGCCGCCUGCUCCCCAGGCACCCAUUCCCCCAUACCACUAUGAUCCACAGACCCCUCCCAGUUCAAACUACCAUGGAAAUAGCAGCUACAUGCCUCCACACUCUGACUUCAUGCAGUACCCUCCUCCUGCACCUUCCCAGAUCCCCGGUUCUAUUAAUCAGUGCCCAGUGCGGCCACCUUUUCCCAAGUCCCCAGUUCGGCAGGGCUUCCCUGAAGCCCUGCCAAGCUUUCCACCUCCUCCCUUGCCCAGCUCCACAGGUGGUCCAAUGCAGGGCUCUCCAAUGUCUGCUCAGAAUCCCUACCAUGCUUAUAUGAUGCCACCUGUGCCCCCACCUCCAUUACCACAUCCACCAAUGCCUCCUCCCAUGGUUUCUCAGCCUAUGAGCUACCACCCUCCUUACUCAAUGAACUACCCCCAUCCUCCUCACCCCCCUUUCCCUCCUCCCACCUUCAGCCCUGGCUACACCCAUAGCCUCAGCUCCUUCAAACCAGACCACAGCUUUAGGCAUGGGCAGUACAAAUAUGAGAAGCCCAUGGACAGCAGGAGGUCUCCCGAAAGAGGGUAUCAUCAUGAUGACCACAGGCAGAAGGGCUAUAGCUAUGGUAACCAUGGGGAUAGGCACAAAAUGGAAUUUCCUGGAGAGAGGAAAGAUCGAGAGAGGAGUCUAGACAGGCGUGGCAGGCCAGAGGGUGCAGGAUGGCACAGGUCUGAAUAUGACAGAGGCCGGGAUCCCCCGAGACACAGGAGCAGGGAUCACAGCAGAGAGAGAUAUCGUCACAGGGAAAGUCAGAGAUCCCAGUCGCCCGACAGGCACAGAAAGAGGCCUCGAAGUCGGUCAACAAGCAGAGACAGGAAACGUGGUCGCUGGGAAGAAGAGAGGGACAGGAGGUCAGAGUGCUCCUCAGGACUGAGCAGAGAGCGCAGCUACUCAUCUGUCAGGAGCAGGGAUUCUGAAGAGGCCUUCGGCGACAGAGAGCGAGAGAAGAUGAAAGAGAAGGGUGAUGAUGAGAAAGAGGAGGAAGAGCUGCUGAAACCUGCCUGGAACCGCUGCACCCAUGCUGAAAACUACUACUCCAAUGACCCCAUGGACCAAGUGGGAGACUCUACAGUAGUGGGGACCAGUAAACUCCGGGACCUGUAUGAACUCUUUGAGGAAGAGCUGGUGAGGAGACAAGAACGAGCCAAGGCUGCUCGACCAAAAUGGGAGCCACCCAAGACCAAACUGGACGAGGAUCCAGACGACAGCAGCAGCGACUCCGAGUGUGAGUCAGAUGGUGAAGGAAGCACCUGCUCCAGCAGCACUGACUCAGAGGUUUUUGAUGUCAUCGCUGAGAUCAAGAGAAAAAAAGCUCACCCUGACCGCCUGCAUGAGGAGCUGUGGUACAACGACCCAGGACAGAUGAAUGAUGGUCCCCUGUGUAAGUGCAGUGCCAAGGCCAGACGUACAGGGAUCCGCCACAGCAUCUACCCAGGGGAGGAGCCUGUGAAACAAUGUCGUCCAAUGAACAACAAUGCUGGAAAACUGUUUCACUACAGGAUCACUGUGUCUCCUCCCACCAACUUCUUGACUGACAGACCGACUGUGAUCGAGUACGACGACCAUGAGUACCUGUUUGAAGGCUUCUCUCUGUUCUCCCACACGCCUCUCACUAAUAUUCCUUUGUGCCGUGUGAUCCGCUUCAACAUAGAUUACACCAUUCACUUCAUAGAGGAGAUGACACCAGAGAACUACUGUGUCCAAGGUCUGGAGCUGUUCGCCUCCUACUUGUUCCAGGACAUUCUUGAGCUGUAUGACUGGAACCUGAAAGGCCCUGAGUGGGACAGUGAGUCCUCUGGUUGCCAGCGGUUCCACUUCAUGCCCCGUUUUGUUCGAUUCUUACCUGAUGGUGGGAAAGAGGUGCUGUCCAUGCAUCAGGUGCUGCUCUACCUCCUGCGCAGCAGCAAGCCCCUGGUUCCCGAGGAGGAGAUCGCAGACAUGCUGCAGUGGGAGGAGCUGGAGUGGCAGAAAUACGCGGAGGAGUGCAAGGGCAUGAUCGUCACCAACCCGGGCAUGAAACCGAGCUCUGUGCGUAUCGACCAACUGGAUAGAGAGCAGUUCAACCCAGACGUCAUCACCUUCCCCAUCAUUGUUCAUUUCGGGAUCCGUCCUGCUCAGCUCAGCUAUGCUGGAGACCCUCAGUACCAGAAACUGUGGAAGAGUUAUGUGAAACUACGCCACCUGCUGGCCAACAGCCCCAAGGUGAAGCAGAUUGACAAGCAGAAGCUGACGCAGAGAGAGGAAGCACUUCAGAAGAUCCGUCAGAAGAACACUAUGCGCCGCGAAGUGACAGUGGAGCUCAGCAGUCAGGGCUUCUGGAAGACUGGCAUCCGCUCCGACGUCUGUCAGCAUGCCAUGAUGCUCCCUGUUCUUACACAUCAUAUCCGGUACCACCAAUGUCUGAUGCACCUGGACAAGCUCAUUGGCUAUGUCUUCAAGGAGCGCUGCCUUCUUCAGCUGGCCAUGACUCACCCUAGUCACCACCUGAACUUUGGGAUGAAUCCCGAUCAUGCCCGCAACUCCCUUUCUAACUGUGGUAUCCGCCAGCCGAAGUACGGAGACAGGAAAGUCCACCACAUGUACAUGAGGAAGAAAGGAAUCAACACAUUGAUUAACAUCAUGUCUCGUCUGGGGCAGGAUGACCCUUCCCCCUCCAGGAUCAACCACAAUGAGAGACUGGAGUUCUUGGGAGAUGCUGUUGUCGAGUUCCUCACCAGUGUCCACCUGUACUACCUUUUUCCUAAUUUAGAGGAGGGUGGCCUGGCUACAUACAGAACAGCCAUUGUACAGAACCAGCACUUAGCCAUGCUCGCCAAGAAACUGGAGCUGGAUCGCUUCAUGCUCUACGCUCAUGGACCAGAUUUGUGCCGGGAGUCAGACCUGCGCCACGCCAUGGCCAACUGCUUUGAGGCUCUUAUUGGUGCUGUGUAUUUAGAAGGAGGUUUGGAGGAGGCUCGGCAGCUCUUUGGUAGACUGCUUUUCAACAGUGAGGACCUACGAGAAGUUUGGCUGAACUACCCACCACACCCCCUGCAGGUCCAGGAGCCGCAGACAGACAGGCAGCUGAUUGAGACGUCUCCAGUCCUCCAGAAACUGACCAACUUUGAGGGGUCUAUCGGAGUUUUGUUCACACAUGUGCGCCUGCUGGCCAGAGCGUUCACCUUGAGGACCGUGGGCUUCAACCACCUCACCCUGGGCCACAACCAGAGGAUGGAGUUUCUGGGAGAUUCUAUCAUGCAGCUGGUGGCCACAGAGUACCUCUUCAUCCACUUCCCUGACCACCAUGAAGGACAUUUGACACUACUGCGCAGUUCGCUGGUAAACAACCGCACACAGGCCAAGGUGGCAGAGGAGCUGGGCAUGCAGGAGUUCGCCAUCACCAAUGACAAGACAAAACGACCCGUUGCGCUACGGACAAAGACUCUGGCUGAUUUAUUGGAGUCUUUCAUCGCAGCGCUCUACAUUGACAAAGAUCUGGAGUAUGUGCACACCUUCAUGAAUGUCUGCUUUUUCCCUCGGCUGAAGGAGUUCAUUCUAAACCAGGACUGGAAUGACCCAAAGUCUCAGCUGCAGCAGUGCUGUUUGACCCUGAGAACAGAGGGCAAGGAGCCUGAUAUCCCACUGUACAAGACCCUGCAGACAGUGGGGCCCUCUCAUGCCCGCACCUACACCGUCGCCGUGUAUUUCAAAGGGGAGAGAAUCGGCUGUGGCAAAGGCCCAAGCAUCCAACAGGCGGAAAUGGGAGCUGCAAUGGAUGCGCUCGAAAAAUAUAACUUCCCACAGAUGGCUCAUCAGAAGCGCUUCAUCGAGCGGAAAUACAGACAGGAGCUGAAGGAGAUGAGACGAGAGAGGGAGCGGCAGGAGAAGGAGAUCGACGAGGCAGAGGAAUUCAGGAAGUGACAGCACUGUUUUUGGGAGGCGUAGUCAGAACCCCACAUCCACAUCAAGGCGGCCUGUCUGCACAGAGCUGUUGAAAUGGAGGCGCCACUCUUUGAUCACACAGCUGUGAUAGUUUAAGAAAGACUGGUCAAUAGUUGGGUUGAUUCUUGACCUACAGAUUUUGGUGAAAUUGUUUUUUGUCCACAAUUUUUAAAGUUAAAAUGGAAAAUAAGGCUAACAGAAUUAGAAAUUAAGCAACGUGCCGUCAUGUGUCAUCUGUUUGUUACAAUAGCACUGUCAAAAGUGGCCUUAUGUUCUCUGAUGCUUAUGUUUAUUGCCUAAUCUUUAAUGAAUCUAAAACCACAGCAGUGUUAUUGACAAAUGCUAGAAAAUCAGUUUUUAAACUUUCAAAGCUAAUUUAGUAAAUAAAAGUUUAGGUCAAUUGAGAAGCUAAAUUUUUGCCUUUAUUGUGAUCCUCACCUGCUCCGUGCUAAACCAGAUAAACGGGUGAGCCAUUUCUAUUCAGUCACUACAGUGUUACCAUCUGUCUCACAUCUGCCACUCAUUCUCAUAUAAUCAAAAUGAUUUUCUCCAGCUUCCUUGUUUUUAACCUUUCCCCAAAUCUGAUUGGCUGUCUAACAGAUCUUAAUUAUAGAUUGGCUAAUUAACAAUUUCCUCAGCUCAGUAGCCUCUGGGUCCAGCUUUUUCACAACAGCCUUCAUAUUAAUAACUAUCUGACAUGUAGAGUUGAGUCUUAGAUUUGUUGUAGAUAAUAUACAUAUACCUGUGAGGAGGUAAAUGUCUAGUCUAUUAGCCUGUGGCUGUCGUCGUAUUUCAGAUAAAAGUGAAAUUUGAUGCCAUAACUAGAGGGAAAAAAGGUCCAAUGAUAAACCUGUCAAAUGUUAUUAUGGAGUAAUUUUCAACAAAGGAAAUAGGCUGUUUUUAAAGAUUUUUAAUUGUCAUAUAAAUAUUCAGUACAAAAGAUCACAUUUUACAAAGCAGAUUGAUGAAUGGCCAGUGACCUAGGGCCCCUUACACUACCACAACCUCUCCAAUUGUUUCUACAUUGACAAAUCAACUGAUCAAUCACAUUGUCACCAACAUAAUAUACUGUAGUAGAGAUGUACCCCAAUGCCGACCAUGUGUACAUAUUAACAAGCACAGAUCUAUUGUAACUAGAGGAGGAGGACAUCGGCGUCACCAUCUAGUUGCCUAACUUAAAAAAAAAAUAAAAAUCCCAAGAUGUGGAGAUGCGGUACGUUACAAUAUGCAACAUUUUUCUGUUAGCUGAGCAUGGUGCCAAAUCUCGGAAGCAAUUAUACUGUUCAUAGGAAAACACAAGCACAGAUUAAUAAUGGCCAUAUGUUGACACCCUGAAUGAAGAUAGAAAAUAAUGAAGACUGAAGGGAAAAAAGCUUUUGGUGAGUGCUGCUGUCAUGCUGAUUUCCAUUUGAGACUCACAUUAUACCUUGAGGCAGAAAACCAGCUUUCUUAGAGUAAAGGUUUUUGUUUUUUUUUUAAUCUAAGUUAAAUGGUUCUCAUAGCCGUAGUCUGAAAUGGCCACUUGUGAAAUGGCAGCUCCAACAAGAAGUUAAUAAACAAGGGUACCAAAAAAAGACAUGUAUACAGUAGUUGAACAUAUAAAAACCUCCCCACCACCAUGCUAUCAAUUGGACAGUGUACUGUCGUUGAUUAAAAAAGUAUUACUAGGGCAGUUAUGCUAUUGUGUUUAGUUAUUAUUGUUUCAAAUGUCUGAUAAAUGUCAGCCUCUUCACAAGUUGGUCUUUCGUGCUUUAGCUGGACUGAUCUUACCAUUCUGCCUUCCUAGUUCAGCCAGCCCUCUUUAUUUCAAAAGCUGUUUAUUUAUAUUGAGAAUGUACUCAUUUAAUUUGACAGCAUUGUUUUGUAAGGAUCAUUUUAAAUUUGUUUUCUAAAUCCCA